AGCUCUAGUGAUCUACACACAACGCGUUGUUUUAUUGUAAAACAGUGAAACAUCACGCUGUUUUGUUCGAAUUCGUUUGUCGCCGUCGGUAAUGGCGAAAAACACAGUCGCCGAUGUCGUAAUUCUCGACAGUGACAGUGACGACGACGACGGAGGAGGAAUAGGAAUGGGUCGAAGCUUGACAUCUCUUAUGGAGAAUCAGCAAGUUUCGAACGCUGAUGCUGCGACGGUGGCUCCUCGAGAAACCCUAGAAUGUCGGAGUUUCUGGAAAGCCGGUGAAAACUUUGUGAUCCCUUCCGGUGUUACUCCAACUGCUCCAGGUAUGGUUGAGCAUGCUCGUGUUCAUCCAAAGUUUCUUCAUUCGAAUGCUACUUCACAUAAAUGGGCAUUUGGAGCAAUCGCCGAGCUACUUGACAAUGCGGUUGACGAGGUACAAAACGGAGCCACCUUUGUCAAGAUUGAUAAGAUCAAUAUUGUUAAAGAUAAUACCCCUGCUUUAGUUUUCCAAGAUAAUGGUGGUGGGAUGGAUCCCAAUGGGAUCAGAAAAUGCAUGAGCUUAGGCUACUCGUCAAAGAAGUCUAAUACGACGAUUGGACAGUAUGGAAAUGGUUUUAAGACGAGUACCAUGAGACUUGGAGCUGAUGCCAUCGUUUUUAGUCGCUCAACUCGUGGAGGCAAAUCUACACAGAGCAUUGGUCUUCUGUCUUACACAUUCCUUAGGAAAACUGGUCAGGAUGAUGUGAUCGUUCCUAUGAUUGAUUUCGAUAUAUCCAGUGUUAGGCCCCAACCAAUUAUUUAUGGGUCUCCCGGAGAUUGGUCUACCAACCUUAACAUUCUUCUCAAAUGGUCCCCGUUUUCAACUAUGGACGAAAUUUUGCAGCAGUUCGAGGAUAUUGGAACUCACGGAACAAAAGUAAUUAUAUACAACUUGUGGCUUAAUGAUGAAGGAAUCUAUGAAUUGAGUUUUGACGACGAUGAUGAGGAUAUACGGCUCCGAGAUGAAAAUGCCCAGGAUGGGAAACGGUUGUACGCUAAAACAUUGGAACUAAGAUCUCAUAUUUCAUACCGCUAUCGACAUUCGCUAAGGGCCUACAUUUCCAUGCUAUAUCUCAAGAAGUUCAAAAACUUCAAAAUUAUUCUUCGGGGAAUCCCUGUGGAGCAAUUCAACAUUGCUGAUGAAUUCAGACAUCCUGAGACAAUAAUGUACAAACCCCAAGCAGCUGCAAUGGAAUAUGCUGCCACUGGAAUUAAAGUUGGAUUCAUCAAGGAGGCGCCUAAACUUCCAAUUUGCGGUUUCAAUGUCUAUCACAAAAACCGUCUCAUCCGGCCAUUCUGGAAGGUCGUUCUGGAAGGGUCAACGAGAGGCAAUGGUGUUGUGGGAGUUCUUGAAGCAAACUUCAUAGAACCAGCCCACGAUAAGCAAGAUUUUGAGAGAUCUUCUCUAUUUCUGCGGCUGGAGGGGAGGCUGAAAAGGAUUAUCUCUGAUUACUGGCAAAGCCACUGCCACGUUUUCGGAUACCAAACUGGUCAAAUCCCUGCAGAUAGGUCGAAAAGGAUAGCAAUACCUGAUCAACCGCCUACUGUCAGUACAUUCAAUCCUUCGCCUUUGCCUUCUGAUAAAAUUAGUCAAGGCGGUCCUAUAAUACGUGAAAUCAAUCUUAGUAACGCCAGUUCAAGCCGUACAGUUGCUGUUGCAGCACCGCAUUUGAGAAAUUCCACGGGUUUAAGAAGUAACUUCCAACCCGUGCAGCUCAACCCACAACCUGCAGCUGCCGAUACUGGAAACAACAUCGUUGGCAAGUCAGCUGAUGAGAUAAGGGAAGAGAACAUACAACUCUUCAUGAGGUGCGAGGAAUAUAUAAAGAAAGAGAAUGAAAUAGAACAGACGGUAAAGAGCUUAGAAAAGGAACUGGAAGAAGUUAAAAGUAAAUGUGCACAACUUGCUUUGCUUGUGGACGCUAAGAAGAAGGAGAUGCAACAAGUUUAGUUAAAAACCCUAGUUUGAUUCAGAUUUUUUGGUGUUCUUGAUUUUUUUUUUUUUUUUUUUAACUUUCAUGGUGUUCUUGUAUUUGCUUAAUAGCAUGUCAUGUGCAUAUAUGUAGCAUAUAUAGACAGAAGUAAAAAAAAAUAGCAUUUUUGAGAAAUGGGCCUAUAAGUAUUUCGGCUUUGGAGCCCAAUUAGACUCUGAUGACCAAAAAAAAGAAGCAAUGAUGACGAAAAAGACGUUUGCUUUUCCUU